AUGAACAAGGCCAAUGUGCGGCGCCUGGCCGUGCGCUGGGGGUGGGAGGAGGUGCAGCACAACGCAGAGAGCCGUGUGCUUGGCUUUGUCAAAGGGAAGCACAGGGUGAACGUCUACUACACCACCGGCACUGUGGGCACGUGCGUCAACUACCCGCGGCAGGCAAAGAUGCAGUUUUUCCGCCACAACCAGACUUUGGCGACGCUUGGCAACAGAUUCCAGGACCCGCGGGUUGACACAGGCCCCGGCUACUACCGCCGCCACAGCCGCACGCGCCCGGAACCCAGCCAGAACCGCGCCUGCAGUGGCGUUUGGGCGUGCCUGGCAAGCCAAGAAGCUGAGGACCACCUCUUCGAGCAGUGGGACAGUACGUACACAGUAGUGCUGGCGCUGGGCGCUGGCUACUUCCUGGUCAACCACGAUGGCAGCACUGCGUGGGACGACGUGCCCAUUGAGCUGCACAACAAGGUCAACGGCCGCCAGAAGAGCCGGCCGCCAGUGGACUAUGUGGUACUGGGAGAGGGUGACUACUAUUUUGUGCAGUUCGCCGACGGCAGCUCUCAGUGGUCCGCAUCAGAGGCCCUCUCCAAGGAGCUGCAGUCCCGCUCGGACUGUGAUGUGGAGCUGCUGGCCUUUGCGCCCGGCGGCGGCUACUACAUCAUGUGGGAGGACGGCGAGUCGUGCUGGCUGGGCCUGCCGCGGGGCCUGCACAACCAGCUCAUCGGGCGCCAGAAGAGCCGUGCGGGCGUGGAGUUCCUGGCGGUCGGCCCCGAGGGCGAGUGGUUUGUGCGGUUUCUGGACGGCGACUGGAGGGCCUGCAACCUGCCCACGAGGUGCAGCGACGUUUUGGAUGAGCUGGGAGAGGAAGGGCGCUCCAUCUUGAAGGUGCUGUUUGGGCAUGAUGGCAGCUGGGCUAUCGUCUACUGA